CCCUUGGUAACAAACCAGGCUUGAAAAUGUAACCUGGGGGGGCAUCUUCCUAGCUUUGCUUGGACGGAGAUUUCUUCCCUCCCCCCUCCCCUUCCAUCUUGGAUUAUAACCAUGAGAGAACUAGUCAACAUUCCACUCGUACACAUCCUUGCCCUGGCUGCCUUCAGCCUGGCCGAGAAACUUCCAAAAGCUCCUAUCAUCACCACUCCUCUUGAAACAGUGGAUGCAUUAGUUGAAGAAGUGGCCACUUUCAUGUGUGCAGUAGAGUCCUAUCCUCAGCCUGAGAUUGCCUGGACUCGUAAUAAAAUUCUCAUAAAACUCUUUGAUACUCGAUAUAGCAUUCGAGAGAAUGGACAACUUCUAACCAUUCUGAGUGUGGAAGACAGCGAUGAUGGUGUGUAUUGCUGUACUGCCAAUAAUGGAGUAGGAGUUGCUGCUGAGAGUUGCGGUGCCUUGCAAGUGAAAAUGAAGCCUAAAAUAACACGUCCUCCUAUCAAUGUAAAAAUAAUAGAGGGAUUAAAGGCAGUAUUGCCGUGUACUACAAUGGGCAAUCCCAAGCCUUCAGUAUCAUGGAUCAAAGGAGACACCAUACUCAGGGAAAAUGCCCGAAUUGCGAUUCUUGAAUCUGGGAGUUUAAGGAUUCACAAUGUUCAAAGGGAAGAUGCAGGACAUUACCGAUGUGUGGCCAAAAAUAGCCUUGGGACAGCAUAUUCUAAACUAGUCAUGCUGGAAGUAGAAGAAGAAAACGAACCUGAGCAAGAUACGAAAGUGUUUGCCAGAAUUCUGCGGGCUCCCGAAUCCCACAAUGUCACCUUUGGCUCCGUAGUGACCCUACGCUGUACUGCAACAGGCAUUCCAGUCCCUACUAUCACAUGGCUUGAAAAUGGAAAUGCCGUGUCUGCUGGGUCCAUUCUAGAAAGUGUGAAAGACCGAGUGAUUGAUUCCCAGCUACAGCUGUUGAUCACCAAGCCAGGCCUGUUCACUUGCAUAGCUACUAACAAGCAUGGGGAGAAAUUCAGCACCGUGAAGGCUGCAGCCACCAUUAGCAUAUCAGCAUGGAGCAAACUGCACCGAGAAGAUGCAGGCUACUGCGGUAACUACAGAGGGGAGGUCUGUGGUGCUGUCUUAGCAAAGGAUACCCUUGUUUUUUACAACUCCUCCUAUGGAGACCCAGAGGACACCCAAGAGCUUCUUGCCCAAAGCGUCUGGAGUGAUUUGAAGGAAUUGAGUCGGCUCUGCCGGUCAGCUGUGGAGUCUCUGCUCUGCCACCACAUCUUUCAGGGGUGCAGCCCUGAUGGAUUUAUGGCAGCUCCUAAACCUUUAUGCAGAGAACACUGCCUGGCUGUAAAGGACCUCUUCUGCACAAAGGAGUGGUUGAAACUGGAAGAAAAAUCCCACAAAGGCCUGUAUAAAUCUGGAUUGCAUCUGUUGACUUUGCCUGAAUGUACCAAGCUUCCCAGCAUGCACAGGGAGCCCAUGGCUUGUACAAAAGUGCCACAUUUAGAGUUAAAGAAAGAGAACACAACAACAACUUGCUAUCAGGACAAGGGAAGAUUGUACCAAGGUACCGUCAAUGUCACAGUAUCUGGCAUUCCUUGUCAGAAAUGGAGUGAACAGUCCCCCCAAGUACACAGAAGGACACCUCAGAUGUUCCCUGAGCUAGCAAAUGCAGAGAAUUAUUGCCGAAAUCCAGGAGGAGAAAGAGAACGGCCCUGGUGCUUCACUAAGGACCGAUCUGUAAGAUGGGAAUACUGUGUUGUACCUCUCUGCUCCAGUGUCUCCCCACUGGUAACAGUCAAGCCAAGUGCAGACAUUCCAGAUCGGCCUUCUUCCUCAUCCACAUUCUCACCUACCUACUCCAUGACCGUCAUCAUCGCCAUUAUCUCCAGCUUUGCAGUGAUUGGCUUUCUCACCAUGGCUGCUCUCCUUUGCUGCCGAAGGCGAAGACAAUGGAAAAAUAAGAAGAGGGAAUCUGCCACCCCUACACUCACAACUCUCCCUUCUGAGCUUUUACUGGACAGACUUCACCCCAAUCCUAUGUACCAGCGCAUGCCGCUCCUUCUGAACCCCAAGCUCCUCAGCCUGGAGUAUCCAAGAAAUAAUAUUGAAUAUGUGAGAGAUAUUGGAGAAGGAGCAUUUGGAAGGGUCUUUCAAGCAAGAGCUCCCGGCCUACGACCUUAUGAGCCUUUUACCAUGGUGGCUGUGAAGAUGCUGAAAGAAGAAGCCUCAGCAGACAUGCAGGCAGAUUUCCAAAGGGAGGCAGCUCUCAUGGCCGAGUUUGAUCAUCCAAACAUUGUCCGGCUCCUAGGAGUAUGUGCUGUUGGUAAGCCGAUGUGCUUGCUGUUCGAAUAUAUGGCCUACGGGGACCUCAAUGAGUACCUCCGGAACAUGUCUCCUCGGACAGUGUGCAACCUCAGCCACAGUAACUUGGCUACCAGGGUCCGGCUGUCCACCCCAGGGCCGCCUCCCCUGUGCUGUGCUGAGCAGCUCUGCAUUGCUAGGCAGGUAGCAGCGGGUAUGGCUUACCUCUCAGAGCGCAAGUUUGUCCACCGGGACUUAGCCACCAGGAACUGUCUGGUGGGUAAUAACAUGGUGGUGAAAAUCGCUGACUUUGGCCUCUCCAGGAACAUCUACUCAGCAGACUACUAUAAAGCCAAUGAGAAUGACGCCAUCCCCAUCCGCUGGAUGCCCCCCGAGUCCAUUUUCUACAACCGCUACACGACAGAGUCUGAUGUCUGGGCCUAUGGGGUGGUCCUUUGGGAGAUAUUCUCCUAUGGCCUGCAGCCCUACUAUGGGAUGGCACAUGAGGAGGUGAUUUUCUACGUUAGGGAUGGAAACAUCCUCUCCUGCCCCGAGAACUGCCCACUAGAGCUUUACAACCUGAUGCGUCUCUGUUGGAGCAAGCUCCCUGCGGACAGGCCCAGCUUUACCAGUAUUCACCGCAUCCUACAACGUAUGUGCGAGAGGGCAGAGGCAGCAGUGGGUGUCUAAGGUGGGCGGAAGUCAAACAAGACAACUCAUACCCCCAUUGUCCCUCCUGUCAGUUGGAGGGACCCAAUGCCAGAUGCUUGCCAAGGCCAGGGUAGGGCAGAGUUAUGGCAAACAUGAGAACAAAACGCUUUCUUGAGGCUUUGAGGAGAGGGGUUAGAGGAGACUGUGAUAAAAUUCACAGGGUAAAAAGACUACUUGUAAGUAGUAGCCCAUUACACAGAGGAUACCCAGUAUUUUGGAUAACAGAACCUAUUUACUCCUCCCACUUAGGACAAGUUACCUAUAUUUCAUCAAAGAUGAUUUUGUCCUCACCUCAGUAGCUAACUGCAGCAUCUGGUUUUUCUGUGUUAAAUAUCAGUAUGAAAUGGGGUUAGUGCUUUGAUGAAAUAAAAUGGCCAAUCAGCUAAAUCUUGAGGGCUGCUUUUGUCUUCCUCUUGUAAUUGUUUUAGGUUCCUUAACAUUGUUUUUCCUUUGGUUGAUAUGUACUCACCCUCUCUCUUUACAUCUUUUAUUUUAUAUUCCCUUUUAACCAUUUUAAAUGUCAUUUAAAAUAAAGGCGUCUCUAUUGUGUUUGGACUUUUGAUUUCCUUCUACAUUAACACUGCAUUCUUUGUUACUGUUUCCUAUUCCUUUGAUCCUUAUCUAAUAACUUCCUCUCCCUUUCCUCAUUAGAGCUCUCUUCUAAGCUUUCUUAGAAAAUGUCUUCAUAUUCUAAGCUCUUCCCUUUUCUUAGUCUUAUUUUUUUGUUUUUUUUUACUUAAGCUUUCAGCUUCUACUUCCCAUCUACUAGAAUGUUUUCCCUUCCUUGACAACUAGUAUAUAAAUAUAUGUGUUUAUGUAUACACACAUAUAUGUAUGUAUGUGUCGCCUAUUGAAUUGUCCCUUCCCUCUUUUUUCUAAUCUUUUUUCUUCUUUUACCCUCUCUCUAGCAUAUAAAAUGAAUUGGGGGAAUUAAGGAGGACUAAGGAAGGGUUAAAAAAAAAACAUAGCAGAUUACUAGGUAAAUACUCCUGGAACCAAGCUCAAUAGUUGUCUUCUGGAUUGCCUAUGUACAGAUAUGAGAUGGAGCCUCACCAGAAACAUCAGAGGCAGCAUUUUUUCUCAAGGCUGCUAAUUUUCUUUUCUUUUUCCUUUUAUACUCUGAUUGGGGGGGGGAGUGUUCCUUCAGUUAUAUUAUCAGAUCCUACUAAACAUUUCCAAAAUAUCUUCCAUAUGGAAAACCAUAUAGAGAUACACAUGUGAACCUGAAUUUGUUUCAAAACUGAAUCUUCUCUUGUGCAAUCUACUCUUUGACCUCUUUGGAAAACACAUCCUGAUGUUACCGAUUUGGGUUGUGAUUUACAAACCUGAUGAAUGUUAGCAGACAGUCUUGUGCUCUCAAGCAGCUGGGGUCUCAAAAAGGCAGCUGUCCAGAGCCCCACAUGAUGUUUCAUCAUUGGAAUAAAUAUGAGUACCCUGGAUUUAUUCUUGGAGGAGAAUAGAAAUAACUUCCCCUGGAAACUCAAUUAAAGUGAAGAAAAAGUCUAUCCCAAGUGAAAUGGGGAGAUUGAAUCAAUAUGGAUUAUAAAUCUGAA